UUAUUUACAAUUCUUGUGCAAACAAGACUUCCAAUGUGGAAAUUCUCAUUUCAAUCCGAAAAAUGCGAAGACUUGAAAUCUGUCACAAAAUCUUUGUGUCAAGAGCACAGGAGAAUAAAUAAACCUGUAAGAGCUAUGGUUGGGAAGCCAUGUUCGUUAUAUGAAAGCCGCUUUGUUUAUGCAGUCGGAUCCGUUGAUUGCGUAGUAGACAGUAGUUGUCAAGUUGGUAAAGAGUUGUCAAGAUGUUUAGGAAUUAGAUCACAGGAAAGUUUAACUGCAGAUGUAUUGUUGCAGCAGUUAUAUGUGUUAACCAACGAAUAUAAAGGCCCCAAUGAAAGUUUCAACGCAGUGACUGAGAAAAUAGUGAAUCAGGUAUAUUCUGAAUUGGAUAAAGUUUUGAACAAACAAUCUGUACAAGCAAAUCGUCAAAGCAUAGAUGACAACGUAACGGAUGUGUUUGAUAAAAAAAUUAUUAUGGUCGGGAAACAGUUUUUUCACGUAAAGCAAGUGGCUAUGAACAUGGAAAUAGAUUGCUCCCCGGAACUUUGCGUUUUGCAUUAUUUAUCGGAUUUACAAUUACGAUUAUUCAAAAAAUUAGGUGUUAAGGAACACUUCAGCAUCGAAGAUAUACUAGCGGUCAUGGAAAGAAAAACAAAAUUAUGGAAAGGCAAGCCAUGCAAAGAAAAGAAGUUAAUAAUAAACUUGCUUAGAAAUGUGCAUUCAAUAAUAAAACGAGAACAUAUGAAGACUGAGGAUCUGCUGCAAUACAAAGAUUCCAUCGUUGCACCGGAUGAAAAGAAUGUUCUAGCCCCAACAUAUGAGCUAGCAUUGGACGACCAAGCCGUUCAAUGGCGUUGGUGUAGAAAGGUUAGACUAGUUCACGGUGAUGUACCUCCAAAUAUCGCAAAGGCUGUUGGGGUUCAAUCAAAGAAAACAAGUUUAAUCAAAGGUUUUUCAAAAGGAAUAUUUUCCUUCGGUCAAAGAGAAAAGCUGACCACACGAUUGACUGGUCUACUCAUAGAUUAUCCUAGUGAUGUCAGUAUAUUCAAGGAGUUUAUUCAAAAUGCCGAUGACGCUGGUGCAACCGAAAUAAAUUUUAUAAAAUUCUUCAGAACUCAGAAAAUUGCACAUUCGAUCGGCCAAAACCAAACAUUAGGACCGGCAUUGUGCAUCUACAAUGAUGCCCAUUUUACUGAUAGUGAUUUAGAAGGGAUAAGAAAUUUAGGAAUCGGUAGCAAAACUGAUGAUCCAACCAAAACUGGACAAUACGGUUUAGGGUUUAAUGCAGUUUAUCAUAUCACUGACACCCCAUCGUUUUACAGUAAGGGUCCUGGCUUGGGAAAAGAAGGAGUUCUGUGUAUAUUUGAUCCCUUGUUUAAGGAAAUCCCUGAAUUAGAUGAACCAGGAAUUAGAUGUGACAUUGACGAUAUGGAUAAUGAUUUUAAGGAUAUUUUGAAAGGAUAUCCAGGAUUUGUGUCUGAAAAAGGAACAAUGUUCCGUUUGCCAUUGCGACAAGAAGAGUCAGAAAUAAGUGUUCAUUGUAUUUGCGAAUCUCAAAUCGAUAAAUUACUUGGUCUGCUUCGAAAGGAUGCGAGUUCAUGCCUUCACUUUUUGAAAAACAUAAACUCCAUCGCAAUAUCAAAUUAUGUAGAUGGCAAGGUAUGCAACGAGUUUAAAGUAGAAGCCAAAUUGACGGAAUCUGAUGAAAUUAGAAGAAAACAAUAUUUUGAUAAGGUUAAAGCAGUUUGCAAAAAGAACAUGUUAGAUAAGUAUGGAAACAUUGAUGAAGAUCGAUUUUCAGUGACUUACAAUUUAUCUAUUGUUGAAGGCAGGCGUAAGUGCAAACGAUGGCUUGUAUGCAAUCAGUUUUCAAGUGAUACCAAACCACAUGAGAAAGAUACUUCCUGUAAAUUAAGGCAGGCAUUCGCCGUCGGGGACCUUGGUUUAAUGCCAGAGGUAGGGAUAUCGAUACCAGUGUUUGAAACAGAAAACAGAGAACUACAGCAAACUCAUACAGCUUUUUGCUUGUUACCAUUGCCUUUAUCAACUGGUUUACCGUUUCACUUGAACGGCCAUUUUUCAGUGGAUCGGGGAAGACGGAAGUUAAUCAGCAGCACCGUUGGCGAAACAUGGAACAAAUACUUGUUGUCGAGCUUAUUGCCUGAAGCAUUUUGUACAUCAGCUCUUGAAGUACAGAACAGGGUUCAUGAUCUUUCUGAGAAAGGUUUGACUCAGGCAAACCUCAAGAAAAUAUUGAGGCAAUACAAUGAAAUGUUUCCAAGACCUUUAUUUGCAACAGACGAUAACUGGAAAUACUUUAAAGGCUAG